AUGGAAUGUUGCCUAACCCUAACCCUAAAGCUUGGUUACACCCUCGAGUCCUGGAUCGAUUUUGGUUUCUUCACUAUCAAAAAGGGCGGGCCUGUUACCUUCCGCACUCCUAUCGCUAUCUCUCUGCUCUUCUCGCUUGUCGUUCUGUUCUCCAUUUGGUUUUUCCCAGAGUCACCUCGUUGGCUUCUCGCCAAAGGCCAUGGCCAGGAAGCUCGUAAGAAUUUGGCUGCUCUCAAGGGUCUUCCCAUCGAUGCUCCCGAAAUUGAAGCAGAGUGUGUCGGCAUCGAGAUAUCUCUCGAGGAAUCCUCCGCCAAGGCCGCGUCUUUCAGGGAUCUGUUCACAAUGGGCGAGGACAAGCUCGCUUAUCGAUUCGGUCUUUGCAUUCUGCUCCAAUUCUUCCAACAGAUGUCUGGAACUAACCUUAUCUCCGUAUAUGCGUCCGUCAUCUUCCAGCAAGGCCUUGGCAUGACCAGCUAUAAUUCCAAGCUCUUGUCCGCUGGUACUCUGACAUGGAAAUUCCUGUCUUGUUUCGUUGCCUUCUUCUGUAUCGAUCGGUUCGGUCGCCGUGUCUGCUUCAUGGUUUCUGGAGCUGGUAUGGCCUGCUGCAUGCUGGCUCUUGCAGUUGCAACCUCUUACCCUCACUCCAACUAUGGUGCAUCCAUUGCCGCCGCCUUUUUCAUAUACCUCUUCUGUUUCUUCACCCCUAUCGGUUUUCUCGGUGCUAACUUCCUCUACUGUACCGAGGUCGCGCCUAUCAGACUGCGUGUUGCUAUGGCAUCCAUCUCCACUGCUAACCAUUGGUUGUGGAAUUUCGCAGUUGCCAUGAUCACGCCAGUGGCCAUCAACGACAUCGGCUACAGAUACUACAUCGUCUACGCAUGUAUCGGUGCAUGUAUUCCUGUCACGGUCUACUUUCUUUACCCCGAGACCAAGGGACGUUCUUUGGAAGAGCUAGACAUUAUGUUCAAGGAGAGUCCUUCUGUCAUGGGUACUGUUAAGUACGCCAGGUACAGGCCCUUGAAUCCCGUCGACGAGGUCCCGAUGUCGAAAUCGGACCAUCUCUACAACGAGAAGAUCUGA